GGCGCCCGCCAGAGACAAGUGCGCCGGCUUCGCGCGCUCCCCAGCCGCCCGUGGGAGACGACGGACUGCAGGACGGACAGACGGACGGACGCACGCACUGCUGGUAGCUGGGCCGAGACCUGCAGACGCGAAGCGCGCGCGUUCCGACGGGCUAGCAGCCGGGAGCGGUUCCGGCGAACGCGAGGUCCCCGGCGCCCUCUCCAUCCCGGGCGCACGGCCUCAUCGCGCUCGGUGGCUGCACCCGUGCAGGCCGGGUAUGCUGCGGGUCCUGCACUGAGGGGCGGCGGCGGCGUCUGCGCUCUGGGCACCGCUCAGCCCCUGCCCGGAGUUCCCGGUGGUACUCCCAGCGUCCGGAGGGCUUCCAGGCGGCGGCGGGACACGGGGACUUUUCGUCUCUCCCUGGCUUCUCCCGAACGCGUCUAUGAGCGCAGCGUUCCCGCCGUCGCUGAUGAUGAUGCAGCGCCCGCUGGGGAGUAGUACCGCCUUCAGCAUAGACUCGCUGAUCGGCAGCCCGCCGCAGCCCAGUCCCGGCCAUUUCGUCUACACCGGCUACCCCAUGUUCAUGCCCUACCGGCCGGUGGUGCUGCCGCCACCGCCGCCACCGCCUCCCGCGCUGCCCCAGGCAGCGCUGCAGCCCGCUCUGCCGCCCGCGCACCCUCACCACCAGAUCCCCAGCCUGCCCACCGGCUUCUGCUCCAGCCUGGCGCAGGGCAUGGCGCUCACCUCCACGCUCAUGGCCACUCUGCCCGGCGGCUUCUCUGCGUCGCCCCAGCACCAAGAGGCGGCGGCUGCCCGCAAGUUCGCUCCACAGCCACUGCCCGGAGGCGGCAACUUCGACAAAGCCGAGGCGCUCCAAGCGGAUGCGGAAGACGGCAAAGCCUUCUUGGCCAAGGAGGGCUCGCUGCUCGCUUUCUCUGCGGCCGAAGCGGUGCAGGCGUCGCUCGUCGGGGCUGUCCGAGGGCAAGGGAAAGACGAGUCAAAGGUGGAAGAUGACCCGAAGGGCAAGGAGGAGAGCUUCUCUCUGGAGAGCGAUGUGGAUUACAGCUCAGAUGACAAUUUGCCUGGUCAGACUGCUCAUAAGGAAGAAGACCCCGGCCACGCACUGGAGGAGACCCCGCAGAGCGGCGGUGCAGCAGGCAGCACCACGUCCACAGGCAAGAACCGGCGGCGGCGGACUGCCUUCACCAGCGAACAGCUGCUGGAGCUGGAGAAAGAAUUCCACUGCAAAAAGUACCUCUCCCUGACCGAGCGCUCACAGAUCGCCCACGCCCUCAAACUCAGCGAGGUGCAAGUAAAAAUCUGGUUCCAGAACCGCCGGGCCAAGUGGAAACGUGUCAAGGCAGGCAACGCCAAUUCCAAGACGGGGGAGCCCUCUCGGAACCCCAAGAUUGUCGUCCCCAUCCCUGUUCACGUUAGCAGGUUCGCUAUUCGAAGUCAACACCAGCAGCUGGAGCAGGCCCGACCCUGAGGGCCCAGCCAGGGUGGACACCACCAUGGAGAGGCCCUAACACCUGAAGGAACCCGUGUCAGACUCCACUGUUUAAAGCAGAACUCAGAGGCACCUCCUAGAUGUGGACAUCCAAGCAAAUUGAGAGUAUAUUCAUUAGACGGGCUUAAAGGGGGCUACAGCCACACCAGAAGAUACACUAAAUAUUUAUUAUACAACCCUACUUUGUACAUAGAUCUCUAUCUAGACUGGAUCUCAGCUGCAGUGUUUUGAAAGGGAUAGGAUCAAAUCUCUCUCCUUACACUUUCCAGAUGAAACAAAACCACCACUGUACUCUGUCGCCUUCAGCGACCACCUUCCCAUACGUGCCCAAAGGUAAACAGGAGACACAAGGACAAACACUGCGGUUUAACCUUCUUAUUGUUAUUUUUUGUUUGUUUGUUUCUAUUUUGGCUUUUUGAGUUGAGUGCAGAGCAGUCGGUUGAUUUUGGAGCAAUCUAGAACUCUGCUCUGCUCGUUUGCUUUGCCUGGCUGUCUUUCCUGGCCUUGUAUAUCCUAUCUGAGCCAUGUCGGAAGCACGUCUCCGUUGUGUUUAAUUUAUUUCAAUGUAGCUUAUUUUCAUAUAAGUUAUGACAUUUAAACAAUCUCAGUCUUGUGAAUAAUAAAAAAAAAGGCAAGG